AUGCCCAUAAAAGUGCCGACGCGCCCUCUGGGGUCCACGGGCCUCGAAAUAUCAAUCAUUGGAUUUGGGGCUUCACCCCUCGGCAAUGUAUUUGGGGAUGUGCAUCAAGACACCGCUACAGAGGCUGUGCGGACCGCAUUCGAUCUCGGCAUCACACUAUUUGAUACCUCACCCUUUUAUGGGCUGACCAAGUCGGAGGAUGUGCUGGGCCAGGCGUUGCGGGAUGCAGGACUGCCUCGAGAUCAGUUUGUGCUGGCCACCAAGGUCGGACGGUAUGGCCAGGACACCUUUGACUUCAGCGGCCCCAGGGUGACCAGGAGUGUGGAGGAAAGCCUGGAAAGGCUGCACACGAGCUACAUCGAUCUCAUCCAGGUCCACGACAUGGAGUUUGGAAGCCUAGACCAGAUCAUUGCGGAGACGCUGCCGGCUCUCCAGCGACUCAAGGAGAAGGGGCUGGUGCGGCACAUCGGGAUCACGGGCCUUCCACUCGCCUGCUUCCAGUACGUCCUUGACAGAGUCCCCUGUGGAACUGUGGAUGUCGUGCUCUCCUACUGCCACUAUACCCUCUGCGACCAGAGCCUGGGCAGGAUCCUGCCCUAUCUGGAGUCCAAGGCUGUCGGCGUGAUCAAUGCCUCUGUCCUGGGCAUGGGCCUCCUGACCCCGCAUGGCCCGCCAGCCUGGCACCCGGCCCCCGCGGAGCUCCAAGCGGCCGCGAGGGCUGCUGCCAGGGCGGCGGAUGCUCAUGCCGUGGACCUGCCCAAGCUUGCCACCAUGUUUUCAGUAGCAAAUCCGGGUAUCGCCACCCACCUCAUCGGAUUCAGCACUCCUGACCAGGUCCGCAACGCUGUGCAUGCCGUGCUGCAGGCUCAGGGGCUGGAGGAGAACGCCCAGGCCGAGCAGGAGGAGCGUGCCAUGGUCGAGAUCCGAGAGAUCCUAGCUGGUACCGCGCAAGUUACCUGGCCCUCGGGUCUCCCUGAGAACUCUGACGAGCAUCUGGCGGCACGAUAG